GUGUCUCAGUAAAAGCAGGCUCUUCAAGUCUGCUUAGAUGAAGUGGUCCAGUACCUGAGGCAGCAGUGGCGCUAACAGGACAGAGGAGUUGUCAGAGAAGGAGGGGCCGCUGCCUCUACAGGAAACAAUUUAAAGCAUAGAGAGCUCGUGCCAGAGUGUGCAGUUGUGUUGGGUUAGAUACAGGCGAAGCAGUGCGUCACAGCAGCCGGGACAUUAAAAGUCGUUUUCUCACAGAAGGGUUUCCGACCACGACAGCAAAAAGUUGAGCCAUGUGUGGAAUCUUUGCCUAUCUGAAUUACCGAGUGCCUCGCACCAGGAAGGAGGUAUUUGAGACGCUGGUGAAGGGGCUGCAGAGACUGGAGUACAGAGGGUAUGAUUCAGCAGGUGUUGCUGUGGAUGGCCCUAACAAGACGCCCACUGGCAUCAAUGGCAACACCAUCUGUUUGAUCAAGAAAACAGGAAAGGUCAAGGCCCUGGACGAGGAGCUGUACAAAAAAGACACACUGGACCUGGAUGAGAAGUUGUACACACACUUUGGCCUCGCUCACACUCGUUGGGCCACACACGGAGAGCCGAGUGCUGUCAACAGCCACCCUCAUCGCUCUGACAAGAAUAAUGGUAAUACUGUACUUAUACAUGUGCUGACACUGUCCAGUGGCCCAUUCCCAUUUCUCCCCCUUGCCCCUAGCACUUAGCCCUACUCCUCAGUUCUGCACAUUCAUGUGUAGGUAU